AUGCCGUACAUACACAGUACAUACAGCCCAACCGGCAGCACCAACAGCCAGCAGCAGCAGCGGCGGCAGCAGCAUUACGCUCGAGUCUUACUCCUCCACCAACUCCGACUCCGAGCCGAGAGCGCUUCCGAUCAUCAUCAUGACCUAGCUGCCUACCCACCGAGCCCUCACUCGAUCAUGCACACAAGCUCAAGCUCCGAGGCUGUCAAGUCGGUGAAGAAACCCAAACACCAACCUCGUGACGAUAUGACGACAAAAGGAGGGCGGCCGAGCCCGUCUCUAAUCUGCGCCGACCCGGUUUCAGUCACGAUCUGGUCAUUGCCUCGGGAAUCCUCCGUCGACUCGUCGAAUACUGAGUCGCUGCGCGAGAUGCCGGGUGGGUUUUCCGACCUGGCAAACUUGCGAGACGGUGGCUCUGGUCAAAGCAAACUCUCUCAAAAUUCGUCACCGUUUGACUCAUGCGCCCCUCAAACCUCAUUUGACUUUUCCAAGGCCGCCCGACACACGCAGGGCGAGGGCACCGCCGCAGGGCACGCAGGCUGGUCAAACUGCCCGGCCCUGUCCUGCGCCCAGAAAACGGCCGAGGCAGGACCGUCCACGGGUUUACAACGUACGGAGAACACAGUAAAAUGGCAUUUCCCGGCAGGGUGGGAGGUCGGAAACAUACUUCGACCACGACGGGGGGGCUGGCCCCAGCAGACUGGCCGUCUCCCUGGUCAUUGCUACCGUACCUCCAAACAUAUCGCCUCGUCCGCUCGCCCCCAACCUCAGCCGGCCGAGGGGCAAAGGCCAAUCAAGCCCAGGCAUUCUGCUGCUGCUGCCAUUUACUACCGCCACUACCGCUACAGCUGCCCACAGCUGCCACAGCUGCCACAGCUGCCACAGCUGCUGCCACAGCUGCUGCCACUACUGCCGCUUCAGCAUGGCUUUCUUUGCUUUUCCUGCGCCUGA